GGAAUAUCAAAGUUGUCGAGAUAGAAUGUUACGUGGCACUCCAAGCCUCAAGUUUACACAAUUGAAGGGAGGCAUUUUAUAGGCGUCUGUUUCGAGAGUAAAGAUGUUGGGUCGUGUGUCUUGCAAAAGGAGGCGCCUGUCAUGAGUUAGCAAUGUAUGCAACGGUCAGGCGCCUGUCACAAAUGUGACGAUGAACGAGAGGAGGCAUUUUACAGGCGCCUACUUCGAAAGUAAGGAUGUGGGGCGUGUGCCUUGCAAAGGGAGGCGCCUGUCAUGAACGAGCAACGUAUGCAACGGUCAGGCGCCUGUCAUGAAUGUGACGAUGAACGAGAGGAGACAUUUUGCAGGCGCCUGUUUCGAAAGUAAGGAUGUGGGGUGUGUGCCUUGCAAAGGGAGGCGCCUGUCAUGAACGAGCAACGUAUGCAACAGUCAGGCGCAUGUCAUGAAUGUGACGAUGAACGAGAGAAGGCAUUUUGCAGGCGCCUGUUUCGAAAGUAAGGAUGUGGGGCGUGUGCCUUGCAAAGGGAGGCGUCUGUCAUGAACGAGCAACGUAUGCAACGGUCGGGCGCCUGUCAUGAAUGUGACGAUGAACGAGAGGGGGUAUUUGCAGGCGCCUGUUUCGAAAGUAAGGAUGUGGGGCGUGUGCCUUGCAAAGGGAGGCGCCUGUCAUGAACGAGCAACGUAUGCAACAGUCAGGCGCCUGUCAUGAAUGUGACGAUGAACGAGAAAAGGCAUUUUGCAGGCGCCUAUUUCGAAAGUAAGGAUGUGGGGCAUGUGCCUUGCAAAAGGAGGCGCCUGUCAUGAACGAGUAACGUAUGCAACGGUCGGGCGCCUGUCAUGAAUGUGACGAUGAACGAGAGGGGGUAUUUUGCAGGCGCCUGUUUCAAAAGUAAGGAUAUGGGGCGUGUGCCUUGCAAAGGGAGGCGUCUGUCAUAAACGAGCAACGUAUGCAACGGUCAGGCGCCUGUCAUGAAUGUGACGAUAAACGAGGGGGGGGGGGUAAUUGUUGGGGGGUAUUACAAAGGAACAAGUUCAAGUAAAAACUCAAUGUAGCUCAUUGGGGCAGUGGAAAGCAAACCCCACAUUUGGGCCCAGAAAGGUGGGUAGGUCGAAUUUGGGUAGCAAGGAGAGCACGCAACCCAGGCGCCUAGGUCCAGAAGGAGGAAAAUCAAUAAUUAACAGGCGCAUGAUUCAAUAAGACGAGGCGCCUGUAACAAGGAAAGGGGGGGCAUUUACUGCGUAAGGACGAGGCAUCCCACUGAGCGAAGAUGCGUGAAGUGCCUAAGUACGGAAAAGUUGCUCAGGAGAAAGCGCCCCACCUUGACAGAACCAAGCGCCUGCCACGAGACACAGUGGGAGCCUUAUUCUAGUGGUAAGACGAGACAAUAUAGUCAGACCCUCAAGCUUUGGGAACUUGAGAGCCUAACUGGGGGGCAAUUGUUGGGGAUAUUACAAAGAGGGCCCAUUUGGUCACACGAGCGGGCGCCCGAGCGCAAGACGAGCGUAGAUUGAUGACAAGGACUCGGGGGUCAAAAGUUAAACUCAGGCGGAUAAUUGAGCGCCCGCCAAGAAUUAGUGGUGCAUACUAAGCGUCCAAGCCAAGAGAUCAGUUAGGCACUCAAGUAAGGGACUAUGAGCGCCUAACUGGGGGGCAAUUGUUGGGGGUAUUACUAAAGGGGCCCAAGAAGAGCCCAUUUAGGUGAAGGUAGCCCAAGGCCAUGGGCCAGGAGAAGAAGCCCGGAAUUGUUGAGGGCAUUACUAAAGGGGCUCAAGAAGAGCCUAGUUAGGUGAAAGUAUCCCAAGGCAAUGGGCCAGGAGAAGAAGCCGGCAAAGCCCAUUGCACUCCAGGCAGCAUAGGCAUGGAGACAAAGCACUAAGGGCCAAAGAGGUCCAGGCUGGCAAGUGGUCCCCCGCCUGUGGGCGCCUGCCAGCCGACAGAAGCCUGACAAGGUGGUUGGGGCUUCUGACAGAAGUGAAGGUACAAAGCAUUUAAUGAGAUGGUGACGUGGAGGAGAUCCACCUCGAGCUCGGUGAGUAUAAAUAUGGGCAAUUGGUAGCAUUUACACAGGUUGGACUCUCUCACUAAAACUUAUAGUUUCAUACUUCUCUCUCUAUAAUUGGAACUAACUUGGGCGUCGGAGGAUUAAUGGGCCCAGGCGCCCCCCUCAGUGUGUGUGUAGGUCAGGCGCCUAAGGAUUGGCUAGUAGGACUAAGGCGCACCAAGGAGCGGGCUUCAAGUGCGUGUGUGUAGGUCAGGCGCCUAAGGAUUGGCUAGCAGGACCAAGGCGCCCCAAGGAGCGGGCUUCAAGGUGAGGCGCCUACAGGGCGUUAAGUAGGAAUCGGGCGCUCAGAAGAUCAGGCUCCAAGUGCGUGUGUGUAGGUCAGGCGCCUAAGGAUUGACCAGCAGGACCAAGGCGCCCCAAGGAGCGGGCUUCAAGGUGAGGCGCCUACAGGGCGUUAAGUAGGAAUCGGGCGCUCAGAAGAUCAGGCUCCAAGGUAAGGAGCCUAAGGUGUGACCAGUAAGGCGAAUUGUAUGGGCACAAACAGUUACUAUUUACUACUGCUUCUCAACUAUUUUCAUUCACCCCUAUGGCCCAUUCUUUUGUACUAUUUUUUACUUUUACUGUUUUACAGUUGCAGUUUAUGACAUUUAAUUCAGAAGACUGAAGAAGUAAAUGCCGCAAGACCAACACAGUGCUCCCCCAACUGCAAAGUGCAAACCCAAGUUAAAUUGGUGCAUGGAAGAAAACUCACCAAUUUUCUCUAAAGCAGACCAUUGUCAUGGUUGAGUCUAGGUGUGUAGGCAGGAUUUUGUUGAUGGUGAGUAGCCGAACCUAAGCUACAGUUAAAGGCAAACAAAAGAAAAGAGAGAGAGUGAGACAGACAGAGAGAGAUAGAGAAAUCAAGUUACAGAAGCUAAGCUAGCCAUGAACGGCGGGUCAAGCUCCGGCGGAGGAGGAAGCCGUUCCAACAGUGGCCACAGCGGUAGCGGCAGCGGCAGCGACAGCGACGAUGAAGCAGCAACUGGGUUCCUUUUCCUCAACCUGGGCGACUACAGCCUCAGUUACUGCAACGCCUCCCUCAACAUGUCCGCUGCCGAACUGAAAGAGUGGGUCAAUGAACACUACGGAGUGCCGACAAGCCGGAUCAAGCUCUACCAGGAAUCCCACGCCGCCGCGGAAGAUGGGGAUCUGAUGGAUGACCGCCGGACGAUGGCUUACUACGGCUUCACCAAACACCGUCACCACGUCUACCACAUGAGGGUGGCGGAGCAGCGGCAGAAGGCUCUGAUACCAUGUCAAGAACCAGUUGAUAUCAAUAACUCGAGUUGUUGGGAGAAGUUCAAUCGUAGAUCAUAUACUACAACACUAAUACAGAACACCCCCUUCUUCUUGUGGGUGUCUGAGUCUGGUGUUGACGGUCAUACCGUGCGCGUCAAUGUCACGGAGGCUACCACCGUAGCACAGCUCAAGGACAAGAUCCGUGAGAAGUUGAGGGACGUGAUGGUGACGGUGGCGGUGGCGGAGCGCUAACUUUGCAUCACCUCUGCUGUACUACCUGGUCACCGAAGGCCGGUACGUGAGGAUGAGCUUUGGCGGCUGAUCCAUGGAGUCAAUAAUUAGUGUGUCGUGUGUCGUUAGGAGGUUGUGUUUGGUUUGAGCAUUUCUUGUAUUUGUUGUUUGUGUGGCAAAAGAGAGUCAAGUUAAGGGGUAUUUUGAGUUAGUUUGAGUCAAUGUUGGGUUUAGUUUAUGAAAAUCGGGGGUAGUGAGAAGUUGGUGAUUUAUGUACUCAUGGCUCAUGUGUUCUCUUUUUCAUUGUGAAAUAAAAUAUAGUUAGAAAAAAAGCACUAGAACACCUAACCUGUCCCAAGACAAAAUAGAGUAGAAGCACAAUAUUCACAUAAAGAGGCUUAACCCAUACAAUCAUCCAAAUAAAAGCUCGCAACUCUCAAACUCAAUCAUUAGCACUAUCCAAAAAUCAAAAGAUAUAUGUGGCCGCAUCAAUUUCUUAACUCUCAAACUUUGACUUGCCAAUGCCAGCACACUAAGAAACGACCCAGUAUAAUUGUAACUCAACAAUACAGUAUAGUGAGUUCAGUUUUAAUUAUCAACCCAGGUCCUAUAUGUACGGACUACUCAGCAAAUUAUUUAUUAUCUAGCGAUCAACAUAUAGAGGAGUUGUUUGUAUGCAAAGUAUAAAAGAAAGCAGGUAAAUGUUAUGAUUUUCAACUGUGAGAAAGACCACUCAUGUAACCGCCCCCCUAGUCUGCAGUUAGGCCAAGUUGUAACUCCUCCAAUUCGUUUCAAUCGAUAUUUAUAUUGCGAAACGUCCCGAAAGAGUUUGGAAUCUCGACUAAAGCAGACCAGACCAAGAACCUCUUGAAUAAACUACAAACACAAUUCGGUAAGCCUUCCUCUAUUGGCUUUUGGUUCCAGUACAAAGCAAUGAAUCGAUUUACUACUUCCAAAUCAAGUUGCUCUAUUGACCUAUUCACAGACUAUCAUUCUAGGUCAAAGCAAGAAUCAUACAAAUGUGAUCAAGACUCAUAUAAUUCUGAUUAAUGCCCCAAUUGAAUAUAAAUAAUCAAAUGUCAUGUAUGUGGGUUCAUACAAUUGCUCCUAGCAUACAGAUCUAGGUUUCUUCAUACCAAGACGGAAGAUGUGCUUAAUCCAUGGAGAAAGGGAUAAAUGCAAGGCUGGAGACGGACAUCAUUGUGUGAAUGAGUGAAAUCUUCUCCAAAUCAGCAAUCGAUAAUCCGAGGGGGAGGAAUCAAGCUCCAAUGGUCCUAGGUGGUUUCAAAUCAGCUCGUGACUCUCCAAACGAGUUAUAACCUAAGUCACGACCGUAACUUCUCAAAUCCGCCCGUGACUCUUCAAACGAUGCCGUCCCUUCAAUCCGUAAGGAAAGAGUUACGGUUGACAGCUGGGAGUUAAGGUCAUCAUACUCUAGCUUCGCAACAUGCCAUAGAACCUUGACUAGCUGAUACGUGCUUUCGCUUCAUGCCAUAACCUAAUCAAUGAAGAACAUUGAACUGAAGAUAAAACAUGAUUAAGAGUGGGCCUCUUGAGACAUAAUUGAUGGUCUAUAGCAUCGAUGAUCUAAGAGUCAAGCAUUGAUACUACUUGAGCUAUAUAUGGUUGGUGCAUUAUAACUCCCGAUGGGCCUUAUGCCGAGUUGGGCUUAGUCGUUGGGGUAUUAUUAUUAUUGGUUAAUUGUUAUGUUAUUGUGAUUAUUUAGGGAUAUUCGUAUUAGUUUAUUGUGUCUUGUUGAGUAAGUUAUUAGUUACCUUAUUAGAGUGGGAUAAGGUUAGCUAUUAGGUUUUCUUGUGUUUCCCUAUAAAUAUGUACUUUGUGGUUCAGUUAUGAAUAAGAAGAAGAUUAUUCCAGUAAUUAUCAUAGUCGCUUAGGAGUAGAAUUAAAAUAAUUUAGCGAUUCACGACGCGUGAAUUCUAUCACGCGCCAAUGGUUAAUAAUUUUCUCUACACUUGUGUAGCAUCAAUGGGGGUAUCACUAGAAUGUAAUUUCUUAACAACCUAUAUUAUACUAAGCACAAUGUAUAUAGUAAUAUACUAUAUAAUCACAAGCAUCGAUAAGAAAGAAUUCAUAUUGAACUAAUGAGUCUCGCCCAAAACCUUCCUAAACCUACUAGGACACAAUUUCUCUCACUUAGGGAUGAAACAAGGCCUUUUGGAUCUUUAUUUGAGCUUGGGCCUAAGUGGCAGCGGGGUGACGGUUCUGGCUGACACAUGUUUUCUUCGUGGUUUGAGCUCUUUUGCCCAUAAGCAACCUCUCAUGAAGAUUUCUUCGUGAUGUGACCAAAUUUGCUUGCCGUUUGACGUGGUAGGGAACUCAUUGUAAGAUAAAAGAUAUUAGAUACUCAGAAAGUAAACAAGAUGUAUAUGCUCUGGCAGCGGCGGACCUAAGGCUAGUAAGGGUGUGUCGUCCGACACACCCUCGCUCGAGAAUUUUGUGAAAAACCUAUAUAUUUUUUGUACAAAUUUUUUUACUUCGGAAUAGCCGACACACCUUCAAUAAUUAUAGCCGACACACCUUCAUUAUAGUCGAAGAAUUUAUUAUCCAAACGAAUCAAUCUUAAUCAUAAUCCAUUUUAAUUUUGUUUAAAAUAACUCAUAAAUCAUAAUCCUAUCACUUCAUAUUAAAAAAAAAGACUCUCAGCCCAUAUAAUAUAUAUGUUGAUGUGUGUUGGGUCUGGACCUAUAAUUAAAAGAGAAAAAAAAAAUCACAAGCCAAAUGGCCAAUAGCCCAGGCGGACACUCUUUAUCGUUUAGUUUACUUGUUGUUGAAGUUGAUGUUGACUUUACCUGUUGCAACUGCAAGUUGCGAAAGAGCAUUUUCAGCUAUGAAGAUAAUCAAGAACGAUCUUCGAAAUCGGUUGAGUGACCAAUUUAUGAAUGAUUGUUUAGGUGUGUAUAUUGAAAAAGAUUUGCUUUGCAACAUAAGUGAUGAAUGUAUUUUAGAGACAUUUCAAUAGAUGAAAAGUCGUCGU